GCGGGCAGGGCCCGGAGCGAGUGCGGCCGGCCGGACGGCGAGCGGCCGAAGCCGACAGGGCUCCCAGGACUGCCGGCUGAAGAGUCGCUGCUGGGCUCCAGCCCCAUCACCAUGGGCAGCCCGGAGGGGCGCUUCCAUUUUGCCAUCGACCGUGGAGGCACCUUCACAGAUGUCUUUGCCCAGUGCCCGGGGGGGCACGUGAGGGUCUUAAAGCUGCUCUCAGAAGACCCCGCCAACUAUGUGGACGCACCCACUGAGGGCAUCCGCCGCGUCCUGGAGCAGGAGGGGGGCAUGCUGUUGCCGCGGGACCGGCCGCUGGACACCAGUCGCAUCGCCAGCAUCCGCAUGGGCACCACGGUAGCUACCAACGCGCUGCUGGAACGGCGCGGGGAGCGGGUGGCACUGCUGGUGACUCGCGGCUUCCGAGACCUGCUGCAUGUGGGCACCCAGGCCCGUGAAGACCUCUUUGACCUGGCUGUGCCCAUGCCCGAGAUGCUGUACGAGGAGGUGCUGGAAGUGGACGAGCGUGUGGUGCUGUAUCGAGGGGAGCCAGGUGCUGGGACGCCCGUGACAGGCCGCACAGGGGACCUGCUGGAGGUGCGGCAGCCUGUGGACCUGGGGGGCCUGCGAGGGAAGCUGGAGGGGCUCCUGUCCCGAGGCAUCCGCAGCCUGGCCGUGGUGCUCAUGCACUCAUACACGUGGGCGCGGCACGAGCAGCAGGUGGGCGCCCUGGCCCGGGAGCUGGGCUUCCCGCACGUGUCGCUGUCCUCGGAGGCCACGCCCAUGGUGCGCAUCGUGCCUCGGGGGCACACUGCCUGCGCUGCCGCCUACCUCACACCCACCAUCCAGCGCUACGUGCAGGGCUUCCGCCGUGGCUUCCAGGGUCAGCUCCAGGACGUGCAGGUGCUGUUCAUGCGCUCCGAUGGCGGCCUGGCGCCCAUGGACUCCUUCAGUGGCUCCUGCGCUGUGCUCUCGGGCCCUGCUGGCGGCGUGGUUGGUUACUCAGCCACCACCUACCGGGCGGAGGGUGGCCAUCCUGUCAUCGGCUUUGACAUGGGAGGCACGUCUACCGACGUGAGCCGCUACGCUGGCGAAUUUGAGCACGUCUUCGAGGCCAGCACAGCUGGUGUCACCCUCCAGGCGCCCCAGCUGGAUAUCAACACCGUGGCAGCUGGUGGGGGCUCCCGCCUCUUCUUCAGGUCAGGCCUCUUCGUGGUGGGGCCAGAGUCUGCCGGAGCCCACCCUGGCCCCGCCUGCUACCGCAAAGGAGGCCCUGUGACCCUGACGGAUGCUAACCUGGUCCUGGGUCGCCUGCUGCCUGCCUCCUUCCCCCGCAUUUUUGGGCCGGGAGAGGACCAGCCACUGUCCCCGGAGGCGUCCCGAAAGGCCCUGGAGGCUGUGGCCGCUGAGGUCAACAGCUUCCUGACCAACGGGCCUUGUCCGGCCCCCCCACUGAGCCUGGAGGAGGUGGCCAUGGGGUUUGUGCGUGUGGCCAACGAGGCCAUGUGCCGGCCCAUCCGUGCGCUCACGCAGGCACGAGGCCACGACCCCUCGGCCCACGUGCUGGCUUGCUUUGGGGGAGCUGGUGGGCAGCACGCUUGCGCCAUCGCCCGGGCCCUGGGCAUGGACACCGUGCACAUUCAUAGGCAUAGUGGGCUGCUGUCAGCAGUGGGGCUGGCCCUGGCGGACGUGGUGCACGAGGCACAGGAGCCCUGCUCCCUGCCCUAUGGUCCCGAGACCUUUGUGCAGCUGGACCAGAGGCUGAGCCGCCUGGAGGAGCAGUGUGUGGAUGCCCUGCGGGCCCAGGGCUUCCCCAGGGCCCGGAUUAGCACCGAGAGCUUCCUGCACCUGCGCUACCAGGGCACGGACUGCGCCCUGAUGGUGUCCGCCCACCAGCACCCAGCCACUGCCCGCUCCCCCAGAGCGGGCGACUUUGGGGCAGGCUUCGUCGAGAGGUACGUGAGGGAGUUCGGCUUCGUCAUCCCGGAGCGGCCAGUGGUGGUGGACGACGUGCGGGUGAGGGGCACUGGCCACAGUGGCCUUCGCCUCGAGUCCGUCCCGAAGGCCCAGAGCGGGCCCCCCCGGGUAGACAAGGUGACCCGUUGCUACUUCGAGGGGGGCUACCAGGAGACCCCCGUGUACCUGUUGGGCGAGCUGGGCUUUGGACACAAGCUGCAGGGGCCCUGCCUCAUCAUUGACAGCAACAGGUGGGCUGAGGGCCGGGGCCGCGGCUGCCGGGGCUGGG